AUGAUCAAGAUUGGUACCAAGUUUGGAUACGCAGAGACUGCCCACGCCCAAUUAUGGGUGAUUGCCGCAGAAGGUGAACAGAAAGCCAGUAGGGCUCUGCGGGAAGCAUCAGAAGUUAUCGGCGAUUCACCAGCUGCUUUGCAACUCCGUUAUUUGCAGACACUGAAUACAAUAUCAGCGGAAAAGAACUCUACCAUCGUGUUUCCACUACCAAUCGAUAUGAUGACAUACUUUAUGAAAGCUUUACCGAGGGAAUAAUUAUGAAAAAGAGAAAGGAAGAAAGCGUACGUCACGUUUCGCAAGAUACAACGACGGAGAAGAAGAUUAACAACUUUUCUGAAGCUUUAUGAAGGACGUUUGGCGAUUUAUUCAUAUAUUUAACAUGCUUGCGUAUUACAUCCAUAAGCUGUGUUCGGGAAGUGUGCUAUCAGUGCUAUUAUGGUUUAUUCUCUUUUUACCGGUGCAAUCAUAAAAUAGAUACGACGAACAAGCGUACUAAGUAUCAAUAUGCUUAAUUACAGGAUCAAUAACAUAGUUCAAUAGUAGCGAUAGUUCUUUCAAAGAACUUAUUUAUUUUUAGAACUAAUACCUAAUAUUUUUUACACUUUCUUUAUUCGAUACUAUAUUACACUGUAAUUGCCUUAUCUCGA